AUGGACUGUAACUGUGUUAGUGAUCUGCUGCUUACUCCACCUGUCCCAGCCCUCUGGACACCAGGCUUUGCCUUCCCAGACUGGGCCUAUAAGCCAGAGUCUAGCCCUGGAUCCAGGCAGAUCCAGUUAUGGCAUUUCAUCCUUGAGCUGCUUCAAAAGGAGGAGUACCAGGGGGUGAUUGCCUGGCAAGGAGACUACGGAGAAUUUGUGAUCAAAGACCCAGAUGAAGUGGCAAAACUAUGGGGCAUUCGCAAAUGCAAACCUCACAUGAACUAUGACAAGCUUAGCCGUGCACUAAGGUACUAUUACAACAAACGCAUUUUGCACAAGACUAAAGGAAAGCGUUUUACUUACAAAUUUAACUUCAGUAAGGUGGUUCUGGUAAACUACCCUCUGUUAGACAUGGCCAGCUCUCCAUUCCUGCUAGCCCAGAACCAUUUCAGUGGAGGGGCAUCAACACCAGACUGCAAUCCAGUCACUACUGAGGCCUUGCAGACUUUAUUUCCUCGUUUACCUGAUUCAGGACGUGGAACUGCUCUGUUUGACCGUGCCACAGGAGCUCCAGGGUCAGAGGGGGAUAAGCUCAGACUGGACAGUUUCCCAUUUCUUGGUUCUGGUGCUCCCUGUUACUCCAAACCUCCAUCUAUGUUGGGUCCUUACCCUCGUAAUCCUGCUUUUGACUACUCCUGGGGCUUCAACCCAUACCUCCCUGGGGCAUUAUCACUCAAUAACUGUCCUAAACUGCCCCCAGGCUCACUAUACCCAUCACACUUCUACCCGAAUCCACUUCAUUCUGGCCUAUCUCAGCUUCCUCAUCCCUUCUCCUCACUCCUGCCUCCUGGGGAUACAGCUGGAGCAGAACGGGCUCAAACUGGAGGAGCCAAUGGAUCAGCAGGUGGUCAGGCUCCGCGAAUCUGCAUUCCAUCCUACCCAGGUAGUUUACUUCAGGGACGGACUGAGCUGGGUAAUUUAGGCCUACUUGUGGGUGAUAGGGAACGAGUGGAGAACACUAACAUCACAGGAGUAGGUGGAGGUGGGAUUGGUGUGGGAUUAGGCUUAGGGUUGGGAUCACUGGGGUUAGGGAGCGGUGGAGGUGUGCAGAGUCCAUCGGAUCGGCACGCCGGACUGAAACAGGAUCCAGAGUCUGAUUCUGAGCUGGAAAUCACAGACCUGAGUGACUGCAGCUCAGAUAAUGAAAACGAACCAGACUUUCAUGCUGACCAAGGGAAGGAGAACAGGCUGGGUGGUCGACCUCAUAUCCCUGAAGCCAAAACUGCUGGGCUGGGUGGAGCCCUACCUCCGCUUUCUUCUCUUCCUCCUCCUAUAUCCCCUCAUCCCCUGAAAAGCCUGGUGCCCAUAACUGCUUCACCUCCAUCUCUGCCCACAUCCCUUUCUUCUUCUCUUACUUUGGUUGAGCGGCACAGAGAAACAGAGACUCCUAAACUUACUCAUAGUUAA